AACAAAAGAAUGCCCUGAAGAACGCUCUGAAGGACACCCUGAAGAGUGCUCUGAAGAGUGUCCUGAAGAGCACCCUGAAGAGCAUCCUGAAGAACGCUCUGAAGAACGCCCUGACAAAUCGCGCCCUAAUGAAUCAUCAUCUCAAUAUUUUAAAAAGGGGAAAAGUAAUGCGAUAUGCGGUAUUUGCAAUACUACAUUAACAUAUAAUGACAGAACAACAUUGAACCUUCUAAAACAUCUCAAGAGGCAUAAAGCAAAAGUGUCUGAAUUGAGAGAAUCAAGUGUAGAAGGAGGUGUAGGA